AAGGUUCAUAUGUCAACAAGAGUGUAAUGGCUAUUUUCGUAACAAAGUUCGUCACCCAAAUUUGUCCAUAACUUAAAAGAUACUCUGAGAAAUUUCGUUACAGCAGUGUAAUUGAAAAUGGCAGGAAUAAUAGUGAUAAACAUUAGCUAUGAGGGGGACAACGAAGUCUCCGAAAUUUACAAACUUCAUCGUCAAACCCGAUGGGUUGAUUUGGAGGCAAUGUUGAAAGCCCAGUUUGACUGUGAAAAUAUGGGAGUGUACUAUGUUGACUCAGAAGGAGACUAUAUUGCCAUGAGUAGCCAGGGAGAACUGGAGGAGGCCUUCAAGGUUGCAGAUCAGUGCCACAACACUUUGUAUAUGAGAGUGAGAAACUUAGGGUCCACUCCUCCAGUACAUACAACUGAGGCAGAUGCCAUGCCCAUUUCUGAAGACAACACAGAGCUAAAGUUGGCCCCUGUUUUUCCAGACACCCUCCAUCAGGAGAACAAGCCAGAGGUUUUAUUACAAGUGGAGGGUCCAGCUCAAGCUGUGGAAGAAGCCACCGGGGAAAGGAAACACCCUAGACAAGAGAAAAGAGAAAAACCAGAUGAUGUGGAUAGUCCUUCAGAAACAACACCACUAUUUCCUGUGAAGAAAUCUAAGAAGAGACACUCUAGAGACUCUGAAAGAAAGAAGAGUGGACAUCGCCAUAGGGAGGAUUCCCAAGGGGAGCGAAAAUCUGAGGAAGCUAUUCCAUACCCAGCCUUCAUUAAAUACAUGAAGGAGCUCAAGAAGGAGUUACACUCGGAAAUUGUUAAAGAUGUGACUAGAAAGACUGUAAAGCAUGUGUUGCGUGGUUUGGAUGGGGCUGUUUUACAGAGCUACAAAGGGGGAGAGGGAACGGAAAACCAACCUAAGGGGGCUACAGCCUCCUCUGAUGAGAGACCCAAGGUCAAACCAAUGGCAGACAAGGUCAAGCUAGACAGCAGCAGUGUCCACCAAGUUUACUAUCACUGUGGUGUUAUUUGUGACAACUGCAAUAAAGUAGUUGUUGGAUCACGAUACAAGUGUUGUAAUUGUGUGGACUAUGAUCUGUGUGAGGAAUGCGAGAACGUCAGUGGAGUCCAUGAUCCUACCCAUGUCUUCAUCAAACUCCGUCGACCAAUCAGAUUCAGGCAGAAGGGCCCUCUCAUGAAGCAAAUUCUGUACAAAGCUUAUCGACAGCCAACAUCCUCAGAGGAGAAGGAAGAAACAGAUGAAAAUGAGGCUGCUGCAAUAACACUGAAGAGUGGAAAACAGGGCAAAAUACUGGCUAAAAUUGAAAAAGUACAAGCAAAAGCAGCAAUGAAGCAAGAAAAGAUAAAACAAAAACAAGAGAAGACAAUAGAAAAGUUGAAAAUGAAAUUGGAUGUUUUGAAAGACAUGAAGGCCCAAUUCAUGGGAGACCUGACCAUCCCUGAUGGAACCAAAGUACAACCAGGGACCAAAUUUGUAAAAACCUGGAAAAUCAGAAAUUCUGGAAAUAUCUCAUGGAGGGAAACAACUAAACUUCAUAACAUCUCUGGAGACCUACCAACUCCCUCCUCUGAUACUGAUGUCCCUCUCCUUAACCCUGGGGAGACAGCUGAUAUCUCUGUCACAUUCUUUGCCCCAGAGGAACCAGGGAAGUAUCAGAGUCACUGGAAGAUGCUGGAUUCCGGUCACCAGUUUGGACAUCGAGUCUGGUGCCUGGUACAGGUAGAACCAAAACUGGUUCUAGAACCAAAUAAAUCAGAGGAUUCACUGAGAAUUGUCAAUGAAGAGUCAAAAUCAGACAGACAGGAAGUGAAAACCCUGACAGAUCAUGCAGAUGAAAGCUUUGCAGAAUCCAAGGAAAAGGAUGAAACAGAGUUCCUAAUUGAGAAAAGUCCAAUUCAGUUUGAAAAGAAAUCAGAGAACCAAUCCUCUGAGACCAUAAACAAUGAGACUGUCCAGAAACUGGAGCAAGAAUUGACCACAGCAGCUGCUGCCAUGGCCCAGUUACAGUUGGAUGCCCAGCAGAAGCCCACUGUGUCCGAAGAGACAGGACAGGAUCUAAUGUCAUUUGAAAUGCUUGACAUGGCAUCCAGGGGAUCUAACAAGAUGUCUCAGACAGCCACACCCAACAACACUCCACUUGUUGUGUCCCCUCCUAAGUCGCCAUUGCCAGAAGAGGGCAGUUUGUCAAGGACCAGCAGUGUUGAACUUUUAAACCCAGAAGACUACACAGAAAAAACAGAGAUCAUUGACAAAGAAUUUGUGGAGAAUUACAUGAGCAGUCUGCCCAUCCCUCAACCAGCAGAGGUACAGUACUCCUCUGAGGAAGAUGACAGCCUCAGUGAGGAUGACGAUUUCCUCAUUGUUCCCAUGCCUGCCUGUUUUGACUUCAGUAAGCCUGUCAUCAGACCACAGGUGUCAGAAAGCUCCUCAGACAAUGAAACAACAGACAACAACCAUAACGUGCUUGAUGACAACCACAACAACAUUGUCACAAGUCCUCCCUCUGUGGAUGAUAUUCUGACUGCUUCAAAUUCAGUGUCUACACCCCCACUGGAUCCACUCAUCCCUUCACCAGCCUCUCCUGCACUGGUAGAUGAUCUCAGCCAGAGUGCACCAGAGAUAUUGACAGCUCCAGCCCAGGGGGGAGUCAGGGAGGAAAUAAGAACAGAGAGGGAAAUAGGAGCAUCAGGAAAUCUUGAUGUUCCAUCAACAAAUACAGAAACAGGGGAAGUGAGUGCUACAAAUACAACAAUUAUCGAACAAGCUGUUGAAACAGAGGAGAUCAGUGCCACAAAUGUUCCAUUAAUGGAACAGUCUAAUGAGACAGGGGAGGCAACCAACAAUCAAACUGAGGAUCAAGCCUGCUCACCUCUUGAUACAACUGAGGUCAAAGAGGCCCUUCCUCAGGGAGAUGUGUGCACAGGUGGGGCUCACCAUGGGGAUCAAAACAAAGGGGAUAAAGCUGAAGGAUAUGAAAUGCCCGUUGCUGGUGAGAUGGUGAAUCAGAUGGUGACCACUGCAGUGAAAGCAGCCAAUCGUGCUGCUGCUAAUGCUUAUACUACCUGUAAGGAAGUCUUCUACACCUGGCAAGCCAGAACAUACCAGAACGGUACUUCCCAGGAAGGAAAAGAAUACCUGGUUCCCAAAUCAACAUGGAAACCAAAGGCCGCAAAAUGGAAGCCAAAGGAGGAAAAGUGGGUACCCAAGUCAACAGACUCUGGUCCAAUGAAGAAACUCAUAGAGAUGGGCUUCUGUAACAGACAGAGAAACCAGGAAUUGCUCAACAAACACAACUAUGACCUGGACAAAGUUCUGGCAGAACUUCUCAAUCAGUCAGACAAUGAUUGGAUGCACAACAGGCACUAAGCUUAUCAGUGCUGCAAUUUGAUGAACAAUAUUUUAUUUUGUUUACUGAAAGUGUUCCAAGUUUCAGUUCACAUGGUAUUUAAAAGAGCUGUUUUUUGUACAUUAUUUAAUGUAGUGAUGAAGAAUAUUGCAUUUCUUAAUUACAGGAGAAUUGAAGACCAAAAAAAUUGAUUUAAAAAAAGAAAAAAACAAACAAAAUUUUUUUUAAAUUUCUGUCUUCAGUGUAUAGUAGUCAGUUUUAAUUGUUAUCACCAAUCUUAAAAUGGCACUGAAUCUCCUACUGACCUUUUGUAUUCAGCUUCUUACCACUUCAUUGAAACGCACCAUAAUUAACAAUUGAAAAUCAGUGCUCUACUCAAUAGGUAUAUGCUUCUCCAGAAAUAUAGAGUACACAUGUAAAUUGUUUGAUAGCUUAGACAAACCUGUAUUAAUUGUAUGCAUUUGAGUAUCCUCAUGAAUAUUCAACUUCCAUGCUGCAUUGGGUUAGAUACCCUGUUAUGACAAGAUACCCUGUUUAUAAUAUACUCUGCCAUUCUGAUUGUUAAGCUUACAUUUUUUUUUAUCAUUACUUAUGUACAUUUGGUGAAAGACUAGUACUAUUCAAGAUAUAGUUUUCAUUCUACAUUUUUUUCUGUGAUAACACUUUUAUAUAAAAAUAUGUGUUUGAUUUUAUUUUGUCCCUGGAAAUAUAUGCAUAUUUAUAAAUUCAGUGCUGUUGUUAUAAUGUACAAAAGUUAUUCAGUUACAAUAUACAUUGACUUUUAAGUGAAAGGGUUAACCUGUUUAAUUCCUCUUGUGUUGUUAUUUUUUCUGCUUUGUCCUACAUUUUUUGAUUUAAUACACUGUAAAUGUUUGGAAUGUGCAUACUCUGUUGUUGCGUUGAUAUCAAAUUGGAUUAGAAUUCAGAUUAAAUGUGUAUAUGGUUGUUGGAGGAUGCAAAUUAUUUUGUUAUAUAAAUAGAUAAUGUAUUUGUAUAAAGAUAUGGCAAGAGAGACUCUGUCCUGAAGAUUACAGAAAGAAUUUGUCUGUUACAGGGAAGAAAAGUGCUGGAGAAUUUAGUUUUAAGUGUGUCAGCUUUUUCAAGGCUUAAUUAGAAAGCAAAAUUAUAUCUGUGUUUCUCUGAAAAGCUAUUGAUAGACAUACACUUGUAUUUUGUGCCCAAGAUUAAAUGAACUUGUACACAUAAUA